GGAAAUGAGUUCUGCGAGCGGCUGGCUUUCUAUGGGCUGAUGUCCAACAUGGUCAUCUACAUGACCAGAAUCAUGCACUAUGAUCCAGCAUUUGCCUCAGUGCAGCUCAUGCUGUUUGAGGGCACCUGCUACCUGACACCCAUCCUGGGCGCCUGGUUGGCUGACUCCAGAUGGGGCCGCUUCUACUGCAUCCUCGUCUUCUCCAUCAUCUACUUUGUGGGCAUGGUGGCGCUGGCGUUGAGUGCAUGGAUCCCUGGGCUGACCCCUGACAUCGACGCUGACAGUUCCAAGUGGUAUCAGUCCGCCUUCCUGUUUGGCUCCCUCUACAUCGUUGCCCUCGGCACCGGGGGCAUCAAGCCGAACGUCAGCGCCUUUGGUGCAGAUCAGUUUGAUGAGUCUGACCCCCAGGACCGGCUGGAGAAGAAGAGUUUCUUCAACUGGUUCUACUUUGCCAUCAACUGGGGCAGCUGCCUGGCUGUCACGGUGAUCGUGUACAUCCAGGACUCUGUGUCAUGGGCCAUCGGCUUUGCCAUUCCGGCUGUCGCCAUGGCUCUGGCAGUCGUCACCUUCCUGGCCGGCAGCUCCCUCUACACGCAUGUCGAGCCCACCGAGAGCCCGAUGACGCGCGUGGUGAAGGUGCUGACGGCGGCGGCGAAGAACCGGUGGCGGGCGCGGCGGCGGCGGCGGGAGGCUCGCUCGCGCACGGGCUACAGCGGCCCCGUCAACCUACCGCCGGGCGCGCUGGACGGCUCUCCUGGCAUCGGCGCCGCGAUGGCGCGCGUACACAGCUACGAGUGGCUCCACAGCGCCGCCGAGCAGUCUGAGGACGACGGUGCGCCACAAUCCGAAUGUUGGGGCAUUGCUGGCUUCAGCACGGAGCAGGUGGAGGAGGUGCGCAUGGUGGUCCGCAUGCUGCCCAUCUUCCUCACCACCAUCUUCUACUGGACCAUCUACUCCCAGAUGGGCAGCUUCUUCGUGGUGCAAGGCGCGUCGAUGGACCGGGUGAUGUUUGGCGGCGGCUUUGUGAUCCCCUCGGCCUCCCUGGCGCUCUUUAACACCAUCAGCAUCAUCGUACUCAUCCCCAUCUAUGACCGCGGAGUCGUCCCCCUCCUGCGCCGCUUCGGCAUGAAGCUGUCCCACCUGCAGCGCAUCGGGUAUGGGCUGCUGGUGUGCAUGCUGUCGAUGCUGGCGGGCGCGACGGUGGAGUGGUACCGGCUGCGGCUGUUUGCGCAGGGCGCCGUGCUCACUAACGACGCCAACCGCGAGGCGCAGCCGGACAUCGUGGACAUGAGCGUCUUCUGGCAGAUCCCCCAGUACAUCCUCGUCGGCCUCAGCGAGGCGAGCCCCCUUUCCCUAGUGCUGGCGUCGAUCGGGCAGCUGGAGUUCUUCUACGACCAGGCGCCUGACGUGAUGCGCUCCUGCUCCAUGGCCCUGCAGCUGCUCAGCGUCGCCAUCGGCUCCUACCUCUCCGGCGCCGUCGUCCUGGCAGUGUCCUCGAUCACCGACUCUCUGGGCUAUGAUUGGAUUCCCCAGGACCUCAACUACGGCCGCCUCGACCUCUUCUUCCUGCUGCUCGCCGGGCUGACGUUUGUGAACCUGCUGCUGUUUGUGUGGGUGGCGCGGAGGUAUGUCUACAAGGACAUCCCCCACGCUACAAAGCGCCACGUGGGCGGCCUCGCCCUCAAACCCCCGCGCGGCCCCGUGCCUCCCUGGGCGAUGCCGCGCGAAAUGCCCGACAUGCCCAUCCGCGGCCAGGCACGCCCCAUCACUGUUGCCAACCUUCACUGA